AUGGCUGACACUACCAAAAAAGCAGACGCCGCAGAUCUUUUGGCCUCAUUGAAGAUCGAGUCCAAAAAUGACCAAAGCGAUCAAACAAACGUCGGUUCCAAGCCAGUGGCAGAACCAAAGAAAGAGGAAGCCAACCAGGAAGUGACUAAUGCAGCAUCCGAGCAGAAGAAACCUGAAGAAGAUGGCAAGAAAGAAGGUGAUAAACAAGACACCAACUUGAUCACAUCAGAAUAUGAGGUCAAAGUGAAGCUUGCAGAUUUGCAACUAGAUCCUAACUCACCGCUUUAUAGUGUGAAGUCUUUUGAAGAGCUAGGAUUAGCACCUGAGCUUUUGAAAGGUCUGUACGCUAUGAAAUUUCAAAAACCAUCAAAGAUUCAAGAAAGGGCUCUUCCUUUGCUGUUGAACAACCCGCCACGUAAUAUGAUUGCGCAAUCGCAGUCAGGAACCGGUAAGACAGCUGCAUUUUCCCUAACAAUGCUUUCGCGUGUGGAUUUAUCAGUCAAUCAGACACAAGCGAUCUGUUUGGCACCAUCAAGGGAGCUAGCAAGACAAACCCUGGAAGUUAUUCAAGAAAUGGGAAAAUUCACCAAGAUUACAACGCAGCUAAUUGUACCUGACUCAUACGAGAAGAACAAGCCCAUCAGUGCGCAAGUGAUCGUGGGUACCCCUGGUACCGUGUUGGAUCUGAUGCGUCGGAAAAUGAUUCAACUGGGCAAUGUUAAAGUGUUUGUACUGGACGAGGCCGACAACAUGCUAGAUAAACAGGGAUUGGGAGACCAAUGCAUUAGAGUGAAGAAGUUUUUGCCCAAGAACGCGCAAUUGGUACUGUUCUCAGCAACGUUUGACGACAGCGUGCGCAAAUACGCCCAGAAAGUGGUACCCAAUGCGGACUCUUUGGAGUUGCAAAAGAACGAAGUGAACGUGAGCGCCAUCAAGCAGCUGUUCAUGGACUGCACGGACGAAAACAACAAAUACGAGGUGCUGACGGAGUUGUACGGGUUGCUGACGAUCGGGUCUUCCAUCAUAUUUGUGCAGACCAAGCAGACCGCCAACGUGCUGUACGCGAAGCUCAAGAAGGAGGGCCACCAGGUGUCGAUUCUGCACGGUGAUUUGCAGGCAGCCGAGAGAGACCGUCUGAUCGACGACUUCCGCGAGGGCCGCUCCAAGGUCCUCAUCACCACUAACGUGCUUGCGCGUGGUAUCGACAUCCCCACCGUCUCGAUGGUAGUCAACUAUGACUUGCCUACGCUACCCAAUGGGCAAGCCGACCCUUCGACCUACAUCCACAGGAUCGGCCGGACUGGCCGUUUCGGCCGUACCGGUGUGGCCAUCUCUUUUGUCCACGACAAGAAGUCCUUCGACGUGUUGAACGCCAUCAAGAAGUACUUUGGUGACAUCGAGAUGACUCGCGUGCCCACCGAUGACUGGGACGAGGUUGAAGAAAUCGUGAAAAAAGUUCUCAAAUGA